AUGCAUCUCCAAAAGUUCCUCGUCGUUCUCUCCUCUUUCACUGUCGUUGGACUUUCAGCUCCAGUAGUUUCACAUGAUAUAAACUUUGAAAUUAUUGAGCGCAAUGAACCUAACGCUCUAAUCCUCACCCAACACGGCUCCGAAACCGACACUCACCACAUCUCAACAAUCCCCGAAAACGAUGCAGUCGCAGCCACAGACAAAACAAUCGAACGAGCUCUCAGCCGCAAAAACACAUACGAACCUCUCGAAAUCCUCGUCCCAAUAUCCACAACAAAGCAGAAGAAGCGCGGAGACGAAACCAUCGUAUGGGUCCCCCCACCACCAACUUCGAAGAUUCCUCUAGCACGCGGAGAUGCAACGGUAGUUUGGGUUCAACCUCCACCUACGCCUGUGUAAUUGCUUCUGCCGACUGUUUUUGUUCAGAUGUUCGCUGAAUAUGUGUCGGAUUUAGAAUUUGGGCUUGGGUGUAUUGAGAGGAAAGUGAGCCUAGGGGCAGGGAAUAACGAUGAUACAAAAUAUGAAGGUUUGAUCAAAAUUUGACAGGUCAUGCAUGGGAUCUUGCACUUGCGGAAUAUGGGCAGAUGGCAUCUAUGCAAAAUGCGUUCUGCCCAUAUUCAAAGACCAUAGUUUGAGAAUUACUUCUUGAUGUUU